AUGCCGCCUUCCAAAUCAUCCAAGACGUCCAAGGCUUCCAAGGCAGCCAAGGCCAUUUUGCAUCCCAAGUCGACGCUAGCCACAGCUAGGGCGAAUCACAGCCGCCAAGCCAGCAGCGAGUCGUUGCAGUCUUCGGAAGCAGCAGCAACACCCUCCAAAUCGCCCGCGUCCUCGAUCAGAAGGGCACCUUCGAGCGCCAGCAUCGCAUCUAACACUGCCAAACCUCUGCCUUCUGCACCGUCGUCGACAGGAAGCCCGGCAGUAUCGGUUGCGGCUUUGCCAGUGGCAGCGCCGGCGCCGUCUGUGCCUGCGCCAUCCAUCAGCACGGAUAUCCUCAGCCUGACGAAGCAGGCGCCAGCGACAUCUUCUACGACCGCUAAAGCUGAGCCUCGUGAGCCCAGCACUGCUGCAGCUCCGUACGCUAUCGAUGACAGCCCCGAGAAGGUUUCGACUGCACCUCAAGUAGAGCCGAUUGAGAUUGUCACUGACACUCGCCAUGCUGGAGCUUCCAAGGACAAUGAGACGUUCGCUGCGGAAGUAGCCGCAGUCCUUGCAGAAUCAGAGCCAGUGCCGGACGAGAAGCCGUUGGCAGAAGCGGUCGCAGCACCAACUUUGGUCACGGAUGCAAUCGUAAAUAAGCCUACCGAAGCUGCUCAGGAUGCAAGCUCAUCAUUGCAAUCAGCACCUGGCGCUCCAGCCGCAAGACCUGUCACCACAACAGCCACGUUCACCCCACCUGAACUUACACGUAUGCAGCACAACACGUUCGUCUCUCGACCGAGUGAUCCAUCGAGGGCUGCUUUGCGCGAUUUGGAUCCGUCCGCCUUGCCCGCCCCACUUCGACCACUUGAUCAACAGAAAGGGCUCGCGCGCUCGCCGAGCCAUGUUGUGAUCUUCGGAUGGAUGGAUGCGCCGAUCCGACUGGUGGCCAAGUAUGCACAGCCUUACACCGUGCUCUUCCCGGAUGCGACGGUGGUAAUUCAGCUGUCGGACGGUAAGACCUACCGUGCGCGCGAAGCGGUGAGAAGGCAGCAGCUGCAGCGUGUCAUCGCCGAGCUCUCGUCGUCCCCCGCAGGCGAUACAGGGGAUGCCCUCAUCACAAUGGACAGUACCAAAGAUGUCGGCGAUUCGACGGUGACGCUGAUCGAGCACAGCGAGGCUCGAUCUGCCUCGUCUGAGGACGGCAAGGCGCAGACGCCCGAGGUGGGCGGGUUUGUGAUUCACAGCUUUUCGGACGGAGGUGCGGGCAACCUGGCGCUGUUCCUGGACGAACUGGUCCGUCGGAAGGGUGCUUCACCAAGAGUGCAUUCGCUCAUCAUGGACUCGAGCCCCGGCAAGGCGAAUCCAUCGACGGGAUCUUUUGCCUUCACCUUGCACCUGGCCAAUCGACCUCGACUGAGGGCCAUCGUGCGCUUCUUCGUCUACAUUGGUCUGUAUCUGAUGGGACUUUGGACCAAAGUGACGGGACAGCCUGGCAGAGGAGAGCUGAUGAGGAAGCGAUUGAAUUCGUUGAGGAGCUGGAGUUGGGUUACCGCGUCGUAUACGCCCAAGGCACAGCAGCAGCAACAGCAACAGCAGCAACAGCAGGUGCAGCAGAGCGAGAAGACGGACUAUCCGCCGAGGAUGUACGUCUACACGAAAGCGGACAAGCUGAUUCCGUGGCAAUACGUCGAGGAGCACGCAAACCACCUCGCAAGCCUCCGAUCGACUCGGCCACAUUUGGUGGAGAUGGAGAGGCAAGCCGACAGGGAAGCCUUGCUCAGCUCCGUCAAGGCGGCAGAAAGGCAAAUUGGAGCAGCCGAGUACAAGGUCGAGCUGCGCAGAUGGGAUACUCCGGCUCACUGCAGUAUCGGUCGAUCCGACUUUGAGGGCUACUGGGCUGCUGUCAUGGAUUUCCACACGAAUGUGCUCAGCACAAGAGAUUAG